AUGAUGAUUAUCCCACAGCUCGUCUGUCUCUCAAUGAUAUUCAUCCUUGAAACGUCGCAAGCUCCUGAUGCAGCCGCCUUGCAGAAGACAUUCAACAACAGCAGUGCACAAAUGAAAGCAAACUUCGACAAGAAUGCAGCAGAGAGUAAGGAAAAUUUUGAGAAGAAAAAAGAUGAAAUGGAGAAAGAUUUCAAUAAAACAAAGGAGGAAAAUGAAAAAAAAGCGAAAGAGGAUAAGAAGAAAGCGGAAGGUUUCAUCGAAUCUAUCCUGGCAUUCGGAGUUGGUACGAUUGUGUUGACCGUUCUUCUGUGCGUCGGAGGUUCUUUGGCUGCAGGCCUUGUCACGUAUUUCAUUAUUCGCGGACGCAAGAGGGACAAGGAGAUUGAGGCAGAAAUCGUUGCCGCGUCUACAAUGGGAACAGUUGGAGCGGCUACCACCGGUGGGGAGAAAUGA